ACGGCACCCGCGAAGAUCAACUAUCUACGCUAUUUCAACGCCGCCUCUACAAAACAGUGGCAGACAAUCAAAAUAUUUCAGAAUGGAAAACCAAAAAGACCCUCAGACAAACACAAUCGUCGAAAUUGCUCCAGACGGUGACCUUAUUCUAAUAGUUGGGCCUGAAGAGGCAAAACUCCAUGUUCAUUCUAUGUUGUUGAGAGCAGUCUCAAAACCUUUCUCCGCCAUGUUCGGGCCAGACUGGAAAGAAGGCCAUGAUUUGCUCGAUUGCGAUAGACCUGCCGAGUUAUUACUGCCUGAAGAUAAUGCUGCUGCGUUGAAGAUUAUCUGUUCUAUUAUUCACCAUCAGAACAGAGAAGUACCUCAAGCCCUCGCUGCAGGCGAUGUCCUCGCAGUUGCCGUCACCGCAGAUAAGUAUGAUUGUGUUCAAGCCCUGAGAUUUGCGAGCGAGAGUUGGCUUCGACCCUCUAGAGACAAAGCUGGCAAUCUAAUGCUUCUCACUGCCGCGGCAUAUCUAUUCCAGAACGCACAAGCGUUCAAGGAGAUCACGAAAGCAUUGAUACUUGAAUAUGAUGGUCCUUUUCUUACUCUCUCGUGCAGAAAAGUUGAAUCUGCUAUGUCGUGGAAGGUCUUCUGUCUGCUGGAAGAGCAGAGAGGGUUUGCAAGGCUGAGGGUGGCAGAAAUUCUCAUAGCAGGAGUAAACGAUGGGACUGGGUUGUGUUCACAAGUGUGGAUGGACAAGCAAAUAUGCAUAUGCAUAUAUAAAGCUGUUGGAAAGAAAGGAUCUUUGGCCAGCACACUUACCCCAUAUCUCCAUCUCCAAGGCCCUACAGUCAGCAGAGAGAAUGCCUGACCCGAUACCUGAGGAAUCAAGUACCUCAUGUACCUAUGGGUACAAGCAUGCUGCACCAGAAUAUAGGAGAAACCGUACUUUGAGUCUGGACCUCUUUAAUGGGAGCAUCGGGCUUUGCUUGCACUGCGUUCGAUCAGGUAGCAUGUAUUCUAAUUGUAGCCAGCGCUCCCAUAGCUGUUGAAAUUACUCAUUACGAACAUGUAAUAUAAUAUAUCCUGAUUUGAUAAGGCGAGGAGCGGAGGAUGAGCAAGG